AUGCGCGAGUGGCUGGACCAGGCAGCGAAGGAGAACGAGCAGCUGGACGAGGAAACGAGGGCCGUCAUGCAGGAGCUCGCCACGGCGCGGAGGGUGCCGGAGGACAAGACCCAGGAGGAGAAGGAGCUCGAGAAGCUGGAGAGUCUGAUCAAAGAGUGGGACUCCGAGAACGAGACGGGCAUCGACGAGUUCAUGCGGCGCAUGACGGCCAUUGCCUUCCGCAAGGCGAUUCGCCGAGAGGGCCUGAAGGGCCCCAAGAGCGAGGACGGGAGCGGGACCUGGCGACGGCGCAGCGCCUCAUUGACGGCACGGACCCGCGGCGCCCCGCCGCGGUCGGGGCGCUCGGUGCGGCCCUGGCCAGGAUCAACGCCUUCACCCGCCGCGUCGGCAGGCUCCCGGCCGAGCGGGCGGGGGCGAACCGCUCGGAGGAGUGGGACUGGACCACUCUGGGAGUGCGGCCGGCCUGGACCUGGUCCGAGGAGGACACCAAGAAGUUCUGGAGCUGGCUGA